AGAGUGAUGACGUCCUGAGCGAUAACACUUCGCAUUUUUGAUACUGUUCUUUAUGUUUUGGUAUUGAAGGUGUAGUAUAAAAUGAUAAACGAGGUAUACGAGCUGCUGAUUCCUCUUGAACAGGCGUGAGGGCCGCGGAAGACGGAGCAGAAAUAUUUCUUCAGCGAAGGACAACGUUUCGGAGCAGUUGCGAUGGCAGCAGAAAAUCCAAAUCGCGCAGCCGGCGAUGGCGCCCCGAAUCGGCAGCUGCAUUUCGUCGAGCGACUGGCCUCUGUCCCCUUGUUGGCCGGUGUCUUCGACGUAGUGUCGCAGCGUUACACCGCUAUCAAGGUGCGCUCACCAUUGCUCUCUGCGGCUCUCUCGGCAUCUGAGCACGUGGCUGCCACCGCUGUUGGAUACUGCGAACGCGCGCUGCGUGUGGGACUGGGUCCGCAGCUGGAGCACGCGGACGCGCUCGCCUGUCGGGGCAUCGAGAAGCUGGAGCAGCGCUGUCCGGCCGUCCUCCGCCGGCCCGAAGAAAUUGCCGCAGACGUGGUCGCCUUUGGUCGCCAGAAGGUCGUGCAAGUGCGGCUUUGCGGUCAUGAGCAGGUUGAGCGGACUCGCAGAGUCAUCAGGCAUGCGGUCCACGCGGCCACUCAUCCUGCUGCCGUCGUGGAACGUGUGCGCGAUCACGUAUCGCAGCAUCUUCACCGCGCCUUCAACGAGGUAGACGAGAUCCUCGACUUGAUUUUCUACACGAUGCUUAUUGUAACUGGAAUAUGCCACGUCAACUCGGCGCUUCACUCACCGGUUGGGUUCACGCUGAUCCUCCUACUUCUGUCCUUCUCCGGAUUGUGCGUCAUCUUCUCUGGCGUUCUCCUGCUGGGCUUAUAUUUAGACAACCGGCUGCUGUUGAUCCCGUGGCUGGCAAUCGUUUCCAUGACGACUCUUCUCGACAUCGUUCUCUCGCUCUACUUCAUCGCUGAUCUCAAAGUCGACGGCUUCGUCGUGGCCAUGUAUGUCGUCGACUACACCUUAUGUUCCGUGAACAUCUACUGCAUAAUGUGCGUGCUGUCCCAGUACCAAGAGUAUGCCGUUGGAAGAAGGGCCUUGGGGUGCCAGACAAGCCGAGUGCCGCUACCCGUGGUUUCUGCGUACAACAACAGUAGCAGCAGCCGCGGAGCAGGCGGUGGGCGCUCCAUGUUCAGCCGCAUCGCAUCGUGGCCCAGCCGCCGCACCUACCGCAAGGCGGCUUUGCCUCUCGGCGGCAGUGUCCGACCUCCCUCGUGCAGCAUCACCAUUGCCGCGGACGCUGGUGCCGCAGAAGCCGCAGCAACGUCCGUUGGCGCAGGCAAAGUUACGAACGGCGUGACUUGCAUCGCAAGAGAGAACCUCCUCAUGCCUAAAGCUCCGCACGGCUACAGCAGCACAGACGACGUCUCCAGCGGUCUGCACCUUUCCACGGCAGAGACGUCCCUCCAACCGUCUGGUGAAGAGGUUGACCUACCAGAGAACAUGUGUACAACGGUUUUCAACAGCGGAACGGACAACGAGCAGCUGGAGGAAGUGAACAGUAAACUACGUACUCAGUGCAAAACCACGACCAAAACGGAACAAGACAAAGAAUUCAUCGCCGAGCCCGCCAGCCCUGUUCUCGACAACCACCCACUGCUCGAUACCACGAGUAGCCCCGACAUGUUCUGCAAGGACAGCAAAUGUAACGACAACAUAUGAGCGAUCGAAUAUGCUAAAGACGUGCCGUAACCGUACGGCAAACUU